CAAACGUCCCUUUCUUCUCAGUGUCUCGUCAUGUUGGUUCUCAACAGUACCGACCCUCAGCCUCUGACCUUCCUCUUGACGGGUAUCCCAGGCCUGAGAGCGGCCCAGGCCUGGGUCUCCAUCCCUUUGUGUCUCCUGUAUGCCAUCGCCCUCUCUGGGAACGGCAUGAUCCUGUUGGUGGUCCUCCGUGAAAAGAGCCUCCACGAGCCCAUGUACUACUUCCUCUCUAUGCUCUCCGCCACAGACCUGAGCUUGUCCCUUUGCACACUUUCCACCACCCUUGGUGUCUUCUGGUUUGAAGCCCGCAAGAUCAACUUAAACGCCUGCAUUGCCCAGAUGUUCUUUCUCCAUGGAUUUACCUUCAUGGAGUCUGGCGUCCUGCUGGCCAUGGCCUUGGACCGUUUUGUGGCCAUCUGUGAUCCACUGAGAUACACCACCAUCCUGACCAAUGCCAGGGUCGCCCAGAUUGGGGGCAGCAUGUUGAUAAGAAAUGUGGCUGUCAUGUUGCCGGUUGUGCUCUUUGUCAAGAGGCUGUCCUUCUGCAGUUCCACGGUCCUUUCGCAUUCUUACUGCUACCAUGUAGACCUCAUUCAACUCUCGUGCACAGACAACAGGAUCAACAGUAUCCUUGGUCUGUUUGCGCUCUUCUCCACAACGGGGUUUGACUGUCCUUGCAUCUUGCUUUCCUACGUCCUGAUUGUCCGAUCUGUCCUCAGCAUUUCUUCCUCAGAGGGGCGGCAGAAGACCUUCAACACCUGCGUGUCGCACCUCAGUGCCGUGGGCAUCUUCUACCUCCCUCUCAUCAGCCUGUCUCUUAUCCAUCGCUACGGCCAUUCAGCACCGCCCUUCGUCCACACCAUCAUGGCCAAUGUCUUCCUGCUCAUUCCUCCUGUGCUCAACCCUGUCAUCUACAGUGUGAGGACUAAGCAGAUCCAAAAGGCCAUUGCCAAGGUGAUACUUCAGAAGCAGCUCCAAAUCUAA